CUUUAAAGCUUCUAUUGUGCUUGUAUCAAUUAGAUAGAAAUAAAGGAAAUCUAGAAGAGGAGCAAAAUGUUCUUGAAACUUCUCACAAUCGCCUUACUUGCCACCAUCGUGGCAUCUCAGCUCACUUCUGACCAACAACAAGAAGAAGAGAGAAUCUUCAACAUUUGGCUCAAGAAGCAUGGAAUUGAAGUUCCACAAAAUGCUGAUUUCAAUAAAUGGAAAUCAAAUGUCAUCAAGCAGUACCGUAAAAUUGAAACACAUAAUUCCGAUUUCCGUAAAGGCGUUGCACUUUUUGAACGUGAAAUUAAUCACUUUUCUCACAUGUCACCUGAAGAAUUUAAAGCUUCGUUGAUUGGUUUUGAUAAGCCAAAGGAUGAUUAUGGUCUGUUGCCAGUCGUUACAGCUGACGCUACAAAGAACCUUCCAGAUUAUUGGAAUUGGAAUGACAAAGGUAUCGUCCAUAAAGUUCAACAACAAGGAGGCUGUGGAAGUUGCUAUGUUUUUGCCACAAUUGGUGUUAUUGAAGCUCAUGCUUGCUUGUACAACAACAUUUGUGAAAAGCUUUCAGAACAAGAAGGUUUAGAAUGCAGUGACACUGGAUGUAAUGCUGGAAAAGAUGAAUACAUCUACACAUAUACCCAACAAAAAAGUGGAGCUACAUACGGAAACUAUACAUAUGAAGCUAAACAAGUCAACACAUGUGAUGCUGCUGAUUCUCGUCCACGUGUUCCUGGAACAAAAGUCACUGGAUGGCAACGAAUGCCACCAGAUGCAGAGACAAUCAGGUUCUACCUUUACAACAAUGGUCCAAUGUACGUCAUCUUUGAUAUUCAUGAAAACUUCAAGGAAUAUAAGAGAGGAAUCUACUCAUUUACUGAAGGACCUGCACUUGGUUGCCAUUGUGUUCUUUUGGUUGGUUACGGGACUGAAAAUGGUGUUGGAUAUUGGAUCUUUAAAAAUUCAUGGGGACCAGGCUUCGGUGAAGGCGGCUACUUCCGUGUCAAGAGAGGCGAAAAUAUUGCAAAUACUGAAGCAUACUAUCCAUCAUAUCCAGUUUUGGAUGCAGUGACAAAGGCUUAAAGAUGCAAGCAAAAAUGAAAAUUUCUGUGAUAUAAAAAAAAGUUUUUGGAUUUUUUUAAAAAAAAAUUGUGGAAAAUAAUUUUUUGUGGAUUUAGAAACGAAAAAAAUUGUUUAAUAAAAGUU